AUGGCUUCACAAGAGCAUCAUGUGCAUGACCACCGUCAUGCCCAUGAGCAUGAUCAUCACCAUCACACCCAUGGUGAUUCGGGAACAGGGACAUCGGUGGGCCCAGAUGGGAGGGUGUACCAUAGCCAUGAUGGACUGGCACCCCACUCGCAUGAGCCAAUUUACUCCCCAGGCUACUUUAGCAGAAGGGCACCUCCACUUUUCAACAGAGAUUUCAAUGAAAGAGCCUUCACUAUUGGUAUUGGUGGCCCUGUUGGUACUGGAAAAACGGCUUUAAUGCUAGCUUUAUGUAAAUUCCUGAGGGACAAGUACAGUCUUGCAGCUGUGACAAACGAUAUAUUCACGAAAGAGGAUGGUGAAUUCUUGAUAAAGCAUGGAGCACUUCCUGAAGAAAGGAUUCGUGCUGUAGAAACUGGUGGCUGCCCACAUGCUGCUAUUAGAGAAGAUAUCAGCAUUAAUCUUGGGCCUCUUGAGGAGCUCUCCAAUUUGUUCAAAGCAGACAUACUUCUUUGUGAAUCUGGGGGAGACAAUCUAGCAGCCAAUUUCAGCAGAGAACUGGCCGACUAUAUAAUUUAUAUAAUUGAUGUAGCUGGUGGUGAUAAAAUUCCUCGAAAAGGAGGUCCAGGCAUUACACAAGCUGACCUUCUUGUCAUAAACAAAACUGACCUGGCAGCUGCAGUUGGAGCUGAUCUGCAGGUCAUGGAACGUGAUGCAGUUCGAAUGAGGGAUGGUGGCCCAUUCGUUUUUGCACAGGUCAAGAAUGGUGUUGGCGUGGCUGAAAUAGUAAGCCACAUUUUACAGGCUUGGGAAGUAGCAACAGGGAAUAAGCGCCAUUAA